AGAGGAAAACCUAAAUUCCCUUCCGGUUCACGGCUCAGACUGCAAGAUGGCGGUGCGUGGUGAAAACGUGUCUCAAAAUACCCAAGAAGAUGCAGUUUGUCAGCUUGAGGACGACAAUCAACAGAGCGAUUCAGAGGGAGAAAGUAUUAACGAAGACUCUGACGACGGAGAAAACACAGACGGCCAUGAUGGCGACGAAGCGGAGGGUGAAAAGGACCAAGACAGCGACUCGGACGCCGUUGGCGGUUGGGCAGACGCUAUGGCAAAAAUCCUGGGGAAGAAAACUGCGCCGAACAAGAGCAGCAUCCUGGCUAACAAGAAAGCCGUGACGGAGAGAAAGGAGCUGCUGGAGAAAAAGAAAGAAGCAGACAAGAAACGAAAGUGGGAAAUGAUGUUUCGAGAAAAGCCUGACAUCUUGCGGGACCGUGAGCUUGAGAAAGCCCUGCAGAGGACCGCCACGAGGGGGGUGGUGCAGCUCUUCAACGCCGUGAGGAAACACCAGAAAAACACGGGUGAAGCGCUGAAGGAGGUCGGUGGGUCUGAGAGAAAGAAGGCUAAGAUUAUAUCCUCCAUCUCAAAGAAAGACUUCAUCGAUGUGCUGAGGCGGACUGAAGAAGGAAACAAGGUUUCUGUGAAGACGGAGAAUCCUCCUCCUCCUCCUGUGUCUGAGCAGAAGCCAGCGUGGAGUGUCCUGAGAGAGGACUUCAUGAUGGAAGCCAGCAUGAAAGACUGGGACAAAAACAGUGACACGGAGGAGGCUGGUCCCCAUAAAUGAGGAAGGAAGAGAUUUGGACUGUAUCUUCCCAUGUAGGUCUGAAUACCGAAGCUCCUGAUCCCCUGAGAGACAAGCUAAUGAAGGGAGAGGCUCCCUUAGUCUGGAUGAUAAUUUGCUAAGUUUGGUUGUUCUGUGUUUAUAACCUAAAAGAAUAUAAAUAGUCUGAAAUCAGCAUUUUCAAGAUGCUCCGCUGCAAAGUACGUGUGUAUCAUAUUUUUGUUUUGAUGGAUGCAGCUGAAAACAUGUCAAAUCAAAGAAUUGCAAAUUUUGUAUUUUCAGAAUCUAUUCAUUGUUUCCCCCUUUAAAUAAAAUAAAAGACAUAAACUUGAUUUUAAAAAGUGUAUGGACCAGACGUUUCAUUCAUGUUUAGCCUGAUUUAGGUCAGGGCUUUGGGAAGGUCAUCCAUCUGGAUUAUCCACAACUCCGAAUGUUGAAGUUUAACCAGUUUUGAGGUAGCCAACCUCCAUUUAUUUAUUUAUUCAUUUUAUGGGUUACAUGUUUGGCACUGACUGCAAAAAAUAAUAUGCUUGAUCAUAUUUAAAGGCCUCGGCUUUACUCCUCCAAACGUUCUUCUGUAUUUUCUCCAAAAAGCUCCAUCUCAUGUCAAAACUUUACCAUAAUUUUCAAUGUUGGGGCCUGCAAAUAGCAAUCAAGACUAAAGGUAUUAAAGUUCCAGAAGAUGCAACGUUUUUCCAAUUUUUAAGAUUUCUGAUAAGUUGUGCAAUAAAAAUAAAUUUUUUAUUGUUGUUGGUGUUUUUUUUUUUUUAAUUUACAAUAUUAUGUGCUUUUUCCAGAAACUAAUGUGAGAUUGGAGAGUAAAAGGUAAUGAUAUCAAACAUGACAAAUAAUCUACAAGAGAAUAAAAGUCUAAUACUUGACUGAAGAGAAAAGUGCAUUUAAAAACAGCAGCAUGGCUUUUACUGAGAGUUUUUGAAUAAAGUUAAAAUUGAUAUGUAUUCUUGGUUUUGUAAUAGAUUUGUGUUCAUCUCUCCUUCGCCUGCAGCUGGAAACAACUUUGUGGCUA